ACGGCUUUCUAGCUUUAUUAGCUCUAGAAUCCUUAGUUGACCUAUCAGAUUUCCCGGCUUUAAUUUACUUUAUGGAUUUGCCUGUGGACGUCGCUAAAUGCCUUUUUCUAUACUAUGAGGUGAAGAGAAGGCAGCUUCAGUCACACCUCUAAGGUUGUAGUAGGGCAAUUUGACAUUGCCCCUGUAAUACCUGAUAGUUAUUAUAACGUGGACAUCAUUUAUUUUUAGUAUUUUCAGCAACAGAAUCUUCAAAAUAGAACUCUUCUGUUGUGACUAAAUGGACAACUGAUAUAGAUGGUCUUGAAUUUCCAUUAAGUAAUAACACAGAUAACAAGAUUGUAAUUUUCGUUUCUUUAUCGAAUAACUCCUUAAGACGGGAACCACAAAGUUCUGGCGGUUGCUUUGACGAUUCCAAAUCACGUACUAUAUCAUUAAACUCUUUGAAUAAUCAAAUGUGGCUUUUCGGAAUUGGAACCAGGUGUGAUGUGGGCUGUUCCUCAUGGACUCCCGAAGAUUAUUAUCUUCAUUAUUUCCCAAAGUAAUAUCUUGCCAAUUCAAACUUGACACAGAAAAUAUGGGAAACCCACUCUUGGUUUUAAUUCCAAUUACAACUCAAAAAUACACGCAAUGCUACCUGUGAACAAAAAAGAAUCUAAAGAACAUAUUGAAAAGUGACGAGAACACAAUGUUGUAUGUAAGACUGUGGUUAGUGUCAUAUAUGAACCACAUCUGUUAGUGUUCAUGGUUCGCGUCCUUAGUGGUAGAUAACCUAACUAUUGCAUGUUAUUUUGGAAAGAAUACAAACAGUUUGUACAUAACUAAAUACAAUUUGAAUUUAGUUAUUGAACGCUAAGUAUGUCGAAGAAAAUAAGAAGAUUUGUUCAUUUAGAUUUAAAAGGAGCUCCUCCAAAGCCAUCAUUCUUAGAAACAUUUUUUCCUUUAUUGACAACUCUGGGAGUCAAAGGGUUGUUAGUAGAAUGGGAAGAUAGUUUUCCCUACACUGGAGACAUUCAGGACAUAGGAAGCCUUGGGUCAAGUAGUGCUAGUGGUGGUCAUUAUAUUCCAAAAGAGGCAUUAGAAAUUAUGAAAUUAGCCAAAGUACAUUCUCUGAUGACAAUACCCUUGAUUCAAACCUUUGGCCACAUGGAAUUUGUAUUAAAACACAGUAAGUUCAAACAUUUACGAGAAUACAAUAUAUCUCCAAGCUGUAUAUGCCCUAGUCAAGAGGAUAGCUUGAACUUAAUAAAAGAAAUGAUUGAUCAAAUGUUAGCGUUUCAUGCAGAUAGUGAAUAUAUUCAUAUAGGUGCUGAUGAAGUAUGGCAUUUAGGUCAGUGUGAAAAAUGUACUGCUAAAAUGGAAAUAUUGAAGUACAAACAACAUUCUUUAUGGUUAGAUCAUGUAGUUGCUGUGGCACAAUAUGUGAGAAAUAGAUAUCCUAAUACUAAAGUUAUGUUAUGGGAUGAUAUGUUUAGGAACAUUGACGAAGCUAUUCUAAAAGAGUACAACAUAGGAGAAUUAGUUGAACCAAUGGUUUGGUACUAUCAUACUUUAGACGAUUUUUUCUCUCCUAACUUAUGGAACAAAUAUUGUAAUGUAUUUCCUCAUCUAUGGGGAGCUACUGCCUUUAAAGGAGCCACAGGUAGUCGACAGAUUAUGCCUAUACCUUAUCAUCAUAUUCAAAACCACGAAUGUUGGAUUCGAGGUUUGGCUUUGUACAAUGAUCAAAUUAAAAACUUCCAUGGUUUGGUACUGACAGGGUGGUCUAGGUACGAUCAUUAUGCAACUUUGUGUGAAUUGUUGCCUUCUGGAAUACCAUCCUUAUGUAUUUGUUUAUUAACUUUGGAAAACGGAAAAUAUUCACCAGAAAUUAUCCAGUCAGAAAUGACCUCACUAGGUUUCAUUCUUCCAAACAUACAUAUGGAUGAUACUACAAUUGUUCCUCAAUUUCCUGGUAGUCAGCUUUACAUCAAUAUGGACUGGUUGAAUCAUUUCAUCAGGAAAUAUAAAAUAGAAAUUGAUAGUGAAAGAUUCAACACAUGGUUCAAUCAUUGGCAAAGAAAUACCAAAUAUACAACCCCUUAUCACGUCAAUUCAAUGAAAAGUACAAUAAAUUCGCUCUUAAGCGAAAUUGAGAAAUUAGAAGAUUUUAUAACUUCAUCUAUACAUGAUAUUUAUUAUGAACACACAGUUGAGGAAUUGUAUGGUACUUUGAUUCAUCCAAUUAAAGAAAACCUCUACAAGUUGAAUCAAUAUUGCCUUUUGCAAAAUGAAGAAUGUCCCACAAAACCUAAGCCAAUUGAUUAAAACAAGACUACACACCUGUCGUAAGCGUACCUGAGUAAUUCUGAAUGCAUGGUUUAUACUUCAAUUUUCGUAGUGCAUUAUUAGUUAUGAAAUGUAUUUUAUAUUUUUCUACAAAAAUCUGUCGAGGUUAUAAAAAGCCAAAGAUUAAAUGAUAUGGAGACUCUAGAGUAAAGGAUUUAUUUUAUUUAAAAAAAAA